UCUCUUCAAGUUCUCCAAACACCGAAGAUGGGGUCCGCGGUGCCAGGCACCCUCCUUCUGUUGCUGGCAGCCGCCCUGCCCCCAACUCAGGCCAGCGCUGGUGAGUGUGGGGUGAAAAGAGAAACCGCCUCUGCGGGGAGGAGCGAGGGCACUAGGCAAGGACCCCACCCGGAAAGCCAUGUCUCUGCCCUCGCCCAACUAGACCACCCCUCUCCCCGAGAAGCGCAGCCCCUGCCAGGCUCCCUUCUCCAAUCCACACCGGGAACACAGCGCCCUGCACCCCUCCCAGCGGGUACCCCAGUUUCCCGGUCUGGCCGGGUGCAGGGUCACCAUGCACCAGCCCUAGGCUCACACUCCCUGCGAUAUUUUACAACCACUUUGUACGGUCCUGGCUAUCGCAAACCUCGGUUCAUGGUCGUGGGCUACGUGGACAACACGCAGAUCUUGAGCUUCGACAGUGAUGAGGCGAGUCAGCAGGUGAAGCCGCGGGUGCCAUUUAUGGAGCAGGACCCAGAGCAUUUGAAGGAGCUGACUCGACUGGGCAGGGACAUCUUAAUACUUGGCCGACUAGAACUGUGGACCCUUUUCGGCUACCAUAGCCAGAGAGAGAAUGGGUCUCACACUGUCCAGUGGCUAUUCGGCUGUGACAUAGGGCCAGACCACCGCCUCCUACGUGGGUAUAAGCAUGUCGCUUACGAUGGCCAGGAUUACAUCUCUCUGACUGAGGAUUUACACUCCUGGAUCGCAGUGGAUACCAAGGAAGCUCAGAUCACCCGGCGCAAGUGGGAGGCAUCUGGUGUUGCAAGGUCAUGGAGGUCUUUCUUGGAGGGAAGGUGUGUGAUGUGGCUUCUCAAAUACCUGGAUCAAGGGAAGGAGAUGCUGCAGCGUGCAGACCCUCCAAAAGCAAAUGUGACUCAUCACCCCAGACCUGAAGGAGAUGCCACCUUGAAGUGCUGGGCCCUGGGCUUCUAUCCUGCAGACAUCACCCUGACCUGGCAGAGGGAAGAGGAGGACCUGACCCAGGACAUGGAUCUUAUAGAGACCAGACCUGCAGGGGAUGGAACCUUCCAGAAGUGGGCAGCUGUGGUGGUGCCUUCAGGAGAGGAGCAGAGAUACACAUGUCAUGUGCAGCAUGAGGGGCUGCCUGAGCCUCUCAUCCUGAGAUGGGAGCCUCCUCCCUCUCCCACCACUCCUAUCGUGGGAAUCAUUGCUGGUCUGGUUCUCCUUGGAGUUUUGGUCACUGGAGCUGUGGCUGCCAUUGUGAUGAGGAAGAGUACAGGGUCUCACACUGUACCCCAGGCUGGCCUGGAACUCACUAUGAAACCGUGACAGUGAAUUUUCAUUGUCAACUUGACUGGAUUUAGAAUCUCCCAGGACUUGCAGUUCUGGAAAUGUCUGUGAAUGUGUUUCCAGAGAAGAUUAACUGAGAAGGGGAGGACUGCAUUUAUUGUGGGUGACACCAGCCCAUGAUUUUGAGGAUCAGACUGAGGAAAAGGGAGGAAAAGGAGAAAGUCAGAUAAGAGUCACCAUCCUCACCCUCUGCUUUCUGAUGCAUAGAGAUGUGAGUCAUCCCAGCCAUACAUAUGCUCCAGCUGCCAUGAACUCUACCAUGUCUUCCCUGCCAGGAGGGAUUAUACCUUUUUAAAUGAAUAAAAAUAAAUACAAGAAAAUAAA